UCGGAUCAAAACACACAAAAGAGAGCACAAGCCAUGGAGAAACAGAACAACCGCAGAGCAUCAGGGUGGACCAGAGGGAAGUGUAUCGGCAAAGGGUCGUUCGGUUCAGUGAGCAUAGCGGUUAGUAACGCCGACGGUGAAGUUUUCGCGGUCAAGUCUGUUUGCCGGGAAAUAGGAUUGCCUAAUCAGAUUGAGUCUCUGGAGAACGAAAUUCGGACUCUACGCUCGCUUUCCGGCUGUCCUUACAUCGUGGAGUACCUUGGCGAUGACGUGUCAUACGAGUCGCCGACGACUUCCUACCGAAACCUGCACAUGGAGUACUUGCCAGGUGGCACCGUCGCUGACAUGGCAACUCCAGCGCGCCGUUUCAGUGACGUAGACGAGAGGUUUUUGCGGUGGCAGACUCGGUGUAUUGUGUCUGCUUUGAAGUUCGUACACGCGGAAGGCAUUGUGCAUUGUGACGUGAAAGGAAAAAACAUUCUGGUGGGUCCCAACUCCGCCUUCGUCAAACUCGCCGAUUUCGGUUCGGCGAUGGAAAUUAAAACCCAAAGCAGAGGCACCGCUGUCCUGCCACGGGGAAGCCCGCUCUGGAUGGCGCCGGAGGUGAUCCGAGGAGAAUAUCAAGGACCGGAGAGUGACGUCUGGUCGUUGGGGUGCACAAUUAUCGAGAUGGUCACCGGGAAGCCAGCAUGGGAGGAUCACGGAUUAGGUUCGCUGAGUCGAAUUGGAUUCUCGAGUGAGUUGCCUCAAUUACCAAUUCAGCUAUCGGAACGGGGUCGCGAUUUUGUUGACAAGUGUUUGCAAAGAGAACCAAACCAACGGUGGAGCUGCAGUAGGCUGUUGGAGCAUCCAUUUAUUGCUUCAGUGUCGCCGCCGCAUCCGAUAACGGACUUGUCUCCCCGUUGCGUACUCGAUUUCGUUACUUCAGAUUUUGAAGACGAUGGAAACAUGGAGGACUGUGAAGUUUCCGUCGGGGAGAGGAUCGGCAAAUUGACGACGAGCGGAUGUCCAAUUUGGGAAUCGAGUGGAUGGGUGGCCGUGAGGAGUUACGCGUCGGAGACGGUUGAGAAUUGUGGGGAAGGAACAAGUUCGGAAUUGGUGGAGUUGCAGUGUGGUAAUUAUGAGGAGCUGACAGGGUUAAAGCAGUCAAAACAAAACCUUGGGUGCACUGGGUCGAGCUGUCGACCGUAUGGGCUGCAAUGGGUUCAGAACCGAGAAACGCGGUUCGGCAGCUUGUGUAAUUUAUUAAUUCAGUGUAAUUUAAUAUUUAGAAAUAUUUUAUUGAUAUUUUAUAAUAUUUUGUAUAUAAUUUCUUUUUACUCUCGGCCUCAUUUUGAAUGUGAUUUGGAUUGACUGCCAAUUGGUUUUUCAUUUUUGCACCUCCAAAUUAAUUUUUUUAUAUUUA